AUGACCAAGCAGGUCGAAAUCUCCAUCCCCACCACUCAAACCUCCUCCACCCCCAAACCCUACACCCUCUACAACAUCACUCUCCGCCUUCCCCUCCGCUCCUUCACUCUCCAAAAACGCUACUCAGACUUCACCACCCUCCACAGCGGUCUGACAUCCCAAGGAGGUGCCGCCCCACCAGCUCCGCUGCCCUCAAAAUCAUGGUUCACCCGCACGACCUCCUCCCCAGAACUCACAGAAGAGCGCCGCAAAGGGCUCGAAAUAUACCUUACGACUAUAAACGAGUCGGAUGAUGAAAGGUGGCGGAACACCAGUGCAUGGCGGAUAUUCCUGAACCUGCCCAGCAAUACUUCCUCGCGCUCAAGCACAUCGACGCUCCACAGCGCCCUAAACGGACCCGGCGGCAGCCAACCCAUAACAGACCCUGUCGUAUGGCUCGAUCACCACCGGGACCUGAAAGCCCAACUACACGACGCCCGGCUCCAUCUCACGCGGCGGGACCAAGCCUCCACCGCGCAAGCCCAGCACGAAGCCUCCGCCCAAGCCAAGAAAUUCCUCGUCAGAGCGGGCACCAUGAUCCAAACCCUCGACACCGGUCUCGCAAACCUCUCCUCCGCCUCCUCGUGGGGCGCCGCCAGACUCGGCGAAGGCGAGCUCCGCCGGCGCCGCGACCUCCUCUCGAGCGCCAAGCGCGAAAAGGAAGGCCUCGAGAACCUGCUCUCGGCCAUGGUGGCCAAGUCCGCCGUCGACAAGACCGUCGCGGAUAAGUCCGACAGCACGGCCCUGCUCGGUCCUUCGAAACCGGCCUCCGGCCGCGUGCUGGGUAAGGAGAGUGAUAAGACGCGCGCGCUCGAUAAUCAGGGUGUGCUGCAGCUGCAGAAACAGAUGAUGCAGGAUCAGGAUGACGAUGUGACGGUGUUGGCCCGGGCGGUGGCGCGGCAGAAGGAGUUGGGGGUGCAGAUACAGGAGGAAUUGGCGGUGCAGAAUGAGAUGUUGGGGCUGUUGGAUGAGGAUGUGACGAGGGUGCAGGGGAAGAUGGAUGUGGCGAGGAAGAGGAUUGGAAAGAUUUCCUGA